UUUUGCAUAGGCCGAUAUAUAGAGAAAACCGCAUAACUGCCGGCAAUUUCCGUUUCCUCGAUCCAACGAUUUCCCAUCCGGUCCACACGAACCGUACUUAAAAACGCGCAACAGAUCCGGAGUAAUUGCAUAAUCGCAUCUCUUAGCAGCGACAUGACCACCACCAUCCGGGAAAUCCUCUUCAUACUAACAUUCGCGACAUGCUGCCAGACUCUGCCGAAGACGAUUCGAGUCACGAAAGCCGAACACUGCGAUCCGAUCGCCGAUUAUCCGCUGAAGACCGCCGCGAAGUUUCGCACCGUUAAGGGCGUGCAGUACUUUGAUUUCAACGCGAAUUACACAAUUCCAUUCGCCUAUAACGCAACAAUUGAUUUUCACGUGGCCGUUUCGAAGAACGGCAAGAAUUUCGUCCAUCUGAUGUCUCUGCACGAAGACGACGUUUGCAAAUUUCACAAGAAGUACAUGGGCGUAUUCUACGAUCAGAUUUUAACGAAAUUGGGUUUGCAGAAGGGCCAAUGUCCCGUUCCCAAGGUUCCCUUUUGUUUUUAAGAAAAUUAACGUACUAAGUAAAG